AUGGACUCUUUAAAGCUUCCAACAACUGCGGCUUCAGCAUCUGUCUUCACUGCACCAGGAUCAUUAUCCUUCCCUCAAGGCAUUGACUCCGAGCCCCAAAUCAAGAAGGAUGAGUUUAAUGAAGGUGUCGUUCAAGAACCUAACCAAAUGGAAGAUGACGGAACUAUUUCUGGAAUUGUUCCCACGUUGCAAAAUAUUGUUGCAACUGUCAAUUUGGGCUGUCGUUUGGACCUUAAAACCAUUGCCUUGCAUGCACGUAACGCCGAGUACAAUCCAAAGCGUUUCGCUGCUGUCAUUAUGAGAAUCAGAGAGCCUAAGACUACGGCACUUAUAUUCGCAUCGGGCAAAAUGGUUGUUACAGGUGCCAAGUCUGAGGAUGAUUCCAAAUUGGCUUCCAGAAAAUAUGCCCGUAUCAUUCAGAAGUUGGGUUUUUAUGCCAAAUUUACUGAUUUCAAGAUUCAAAACAUCGUUGGAUCUUGUGAUGUAAAGUUCCCUAUCCGGUUGGAGGGUUUGGCUUUCUCGCACGGUACUUUCUCGUCCUACGAACCAGAAUUAUUCCCUGGCUUAAUUUACAGAAUGGUUAAGCCGAAAAUCGUGCUCUUAAUCUUCGUUUCGGGUAAAAUUGUCUUGACAGGUGCAAAGCAAAGAGAGGAGAUUUACGCUGCGUUUGAAGCAAUUUACCCUGUGUUGAGUGAAUUCCGUAAAUCGUAG